AUGCUGGUGCUGGACGAGAAAUGGGAGAAGCGCCAGGCCCGUGUCCGGGGCUCAGGCACACGUGACAUCAAGAUAGAAGAGUUCAGUAUAGCCUCGCCGGAAACGCCGAAACCGCGGCCGAUGCUGCGGAACUUGGGCCUGGUGCCGGGUCAUGAACAAGCUACGGGAGAUCAAGACAGACUUCCAGGAGACCAAGACAGAUUUACAGGUCAUCAAGACAGAAUUUCAGGACAUCAAGACAUAUUAACAAGACAUCAAGACAGACCCCCAGGGCACGAACAAGCUACAGAGCUUCAGCAUAGAUUUUCAGUAUCUCAAGACAGACUCCCCGAGAAACAGCAUGCACGUUCAGAAUCCCAAAGCAGACGCCCGGCCCGAGAAGCAGCCGCGGCGCCCAAACCGCCGGCGCUUCCGAAAACAGAGCCGCGGCACGAAAACAGGAAACUCGCGUUCAGCUCUGACGACGACGACGACGACAGCCCUGCCAGUGCCAUCGAGCCUUUCUUCGCUGAAGAGAAGCCGCUGACUGCAGAAGCGGAAUCCAGCGCCGAGCCGGGCGACGCCAGCCUCGCGCUCGAGACCUCGGACCUGGGCAGCGUGCUGGGACCCGCCCAAAACGACCAAGGCCACGUGUCUGUCAAGCGCGAAGACGGCCAAGACCAGGUGUCGGUCAAGCGCGAAAACACCGACGGCACAGCGCCGGCGGCCCAAGCCAAGCGGCGCCGCGGCCGGCCCAAAAAAGAGGAGCGGACAGAAAAGGUGGCCGUGGUCACGCGGCGGUCCCGGCGGAUCGUCGACAACCCCAGCUUGCGCCAGGCGCACGUGCCCAACCCGGCGGCCCUCUUCAAGUCGCCGCGGCCGUUGCAGGCGCUCGGCUUGGCGCUGGUGCUCCCCCACAAAGUCAGCAGCAAGCCCGCGGCCCGCGGUGACGCGGUGCUGUUGGGCGCCCGGCCGAACGGCAGGCAGCGGGCGUUGCUCGUCGAGGCGCGGCGGCUCGCCACGCCCAGCACGCGGGCCAAACGCGUGAGUCUCACCACGUUGGACGUGCUCCAGCAGUUUGUCGAGGAGCACGCGCCGCGGCCCGCGCAGAACGACGUGGUGAGCGAGAACGUGGUGCUCACGGAGUUCAAGGCGCACUUGAAGUACCACUUGGCGCACUUGAUGGACCAGCACGCGGCCAUCCUGGACAUCGCCCAGGACAUCAGCGACGUGCAGCGGCGCAAGAACGACGUGCGCCGCAGCAUUCUCGAGCUCCGCAAGAACCACGCGGCGGUGGGCCGCGAGCUUGCGCAGGAGCGCAGGGCGUUUGCCGACUCCAAGGCGAGCCACGCGGAGUUCAUGGCCAUGGCCAACUCGUUGCACGGCUUGAAGGCGGCGGUGCGCCGCGCCGCGCCGGAACAGGCCAGCCGCAGCGGGCUUGUGCUCGGUCUGUUGGAGGACGCCUCGCGGCUUGUGCACCCGAGAACCGGGCUCCUGGCUCAGCUCCGGGGCGUCAAUGCGGCGCUCUUGCGGACGCUAGACAGGGCCCCAGAGUAG